GUUCUUGGUGCUCGCAAAUGCAGGUUUCUGUGUGGGGAGGGGUGCGCGCGCUUGCCAUAGCGUAUGGCAGCUACCGCCUCCUCCGCUUCUCAGUCUUUGCCUACAAGUGCAUAAGAAGAGCGAUCAUCCUCAAUCCCAUCCCGGGACCCAAGGCCUCCUCCUUCUUCCUUGGAAUGUACAGUACCUUGAGAGGCAGCUCCCCAUGCUCCUGCGAGCUAAAUUGGACUCGACAAUACGGCAAGAUUGUCUGCUACAGAAGCUUUGGAAUGAAUUUCAGGGUGCUAAUCACCGAUCCUGAGGAUAUGAAGUAUGUCCUUGUCACCAACCCCAGGCAAUUCCCAAAACCGACUCGAGAGAUCACCCUGGUCCGUAGGGUCGCAGGAGAAGGAUUGCUGGUGAUUGAAGGCGAUGACCAUGCUCGACAGAGGAGAAUCAUCAGCGAAGCCUUUCACUUCGAAGCCAUCACCAAGAUCUACCCCGUCUUUGUUUCUGUCACUGAGAAACUUGUGAAAAAGUGGGAAAACCUCUGUGCAUCUCAACCCCAGGGGCAACCCCUCGUGCUGGACAUCAAGAAGGAGGUCUCUCAUCUUACCUUGGACGUGAUUGGACUUUCGGCUUUCGGGUUUGACUUUCAGUCGGUUGAGGGAGGGAAAUCUGUGGUCCGAGAUGCCUUCCAGGAUAUCAUGCCAAUGGGGGGCCUGAGCCUUCGAACAAUCAUUCUGCGGAUGUUUCCAAUUCUCGAGUAUCUCCCACUCCCCAUCAUCAUUCAGGCAAACAAAGCCACUGAGACUCUUCGCGGUACUGUGAGGAGAGUGGUUCAGGAGCGUCACUCCCAGAUCAAGGCUGGCGUUGCUGUCGACGACGACCUACUGAGCCUUAUGAUCAAGGCUCGAGCAAAAUCGGGUCAGGGCUUGACCGAUG